CGCGCGCAUAGAAGGGUGGACGAAACGCGACAAGGAACUCAAGGUCUCUCAGCGAGCUGAAACGGCGACGGAGGAGGUCAUGCAGCAGGCGGACGAGGGAUCCUGCGUGUCCAAAAUCUGCAGGCAGCGGAGCCCCUACAGCGCUCUCAAGACCUUCCCCAGCAAGCGGAUCGCGGGGAAGGCAAGAUAUGACAGACCCACCAUGGUGGCGAUCCCGCAUCUGGGAGGAGGCGGGGGCGGGCAUCAUUUUCAACAUCUUAACCCCCAUCACCAGCACCUACAGCACCUGCAGCAUCAGCAGCCCUCCCUCAGCAGCAGUAGCAGCGAGCACCACCACGUAUCCCAGCGUUUCCCGUACGAGAACGGGCCCAGCUUCAGAGUCGCGACAUCUACAUCAGCAACAGCCUCGGCGGCAGCGGCAUCGUCGGCCAGCCCGCGGAGGGUCGGCGGCACAGCUGGGCACCAAGUCUCCACAGCAUCCAUCCACGAGCCUCCAGACUGCACCCAAGGACUAAGCGCAGAGAACCGGUUGAUCCUGGAUGUCUUUGCACAGCAGUGCAGUCGGGUGCUGAGUCUUCUCAACAACAAUGGCAAGUUUUUGGACCCUCUGCCCCCGCCCCUUCCGGCAUCAUCAGCCCUGAUGUCCCGCAUUAAGCAGGAGGAUGGGGACUUGGCAGCGGAGCGUCCGGGGGGCCCAUGCCUGGCGGGGGACCCCGAGGCUCAGGAGGCGGGGCCGGAGUCCCUGCAGGCCCACAGGAGGCAGCAGCAGACCUCGGCCUUCCUGCAGGCCUUCACCGAGUCCCUCCAGGGCUACCUGAUCGCCGGGCUCCGCCCCAGCCACGGCCACGCCCCGGGCGGGGACUACUGCCACUCCUCGGACCCCGACCCCCUCUCCGCGUCCCCCGCCCACACGCUGGGGGGCUGGAACUCCCCCACACCCUCCGAGUCCCAGGGACACCCUUCCUCCACGCUGCCCGAGGAAGAGGAGGAGGAAGAGAGCUGCUGCCCCCGCUGCCUGGAACUGGAGCAGGAGGUGCUGUGCCUGCAGCAGGAGAACGAGGAGCUGCGGCGCAAGCUGGACGGCGUACCAGUUCCCUGUCAAACCGUGCUGGACUUCUUUAAGAGGGUCUUGCUGCACCACAAUCAGUUUAGCCAGCCAGCGUCACCAGAGGAGCAGCUGACAGAGGGCAGUAAGCAGCUCCUGGGGAACUACCCUGUCUUCAUCACCAACAAGCAGUGGGACGAGGCGGUCAACUCCUCCAAGAAGGACGGGCGUCGGCUGCUGCGCUACCUGAUCCGCUUCGUCUUCACCACCGACGAGCUCAAGUACUCCUGCGGCCUGGGCAAGAGGAAGCGAUCGGUUCAGAUGGGCGAGGCCGGCCCGGAGAGAAGGCCCCUCAACCCCGUCAAAGUCACCUGCCUCAGAGAGUUCAUCCGCAUGCACUGCGCCUCCAACCCGGACUGGUGGAUGCCCUCAGAGGAGCAGAUCAACAAGGUGUUCAGCGACGCGGUGGGGCACGCGCGGCAGGGCAGGGCGGUGGGCACCUUCCUGGGCAGCAGCGGGAGCUGCAGCAGCGGGGGCAGCAGCAGCUUCUACCUGGAGGGCUUCGACGGCCACGUGUCCCAGGACGACCUCUUCCUGCGUGGCUCCCAGGAGGGGGACUGA